CGCCGCGCCCGCCGCCGCCGCCGCGCCGCUGCCGCCGCCGGCGUGCUCCGAGCUGGCGCUGCCGGGCAUCGAGCGCAUGUGGGCCGUGCACGCCGGCUGCGUGCUGCUGCAGUGCGACGCCGGCCUCGUGCUCGCCGAGCAGGCGCGCCGCGGCGACGGCAGCGGCCUCUUCGAGGACCAGUGGAAGACGACGGCGCUGCGGGCGCACUCCUUCCUGCGCUCCGUGUCGCGCUUCUUCUCGCGCGCCGCUCCGGCCGGCGCCAGCGGCACGACUCCCGCCAAGAGCGCCGCCAGUGCGCCGCCCAGCGCCGGCGGCCAGCGCACCCUCGCACUCGCCGGCGUGACGCGCGCCGCGCCGGCCUCCAGCACCGCGCUCGUGCGGAGCGCCGGCACCGAGCUGCCGCACCACGCCGGCUCGCUGGCGUUCAGCAUUGCGGCCGACGCGCGGCUGCGCAUCUGGGACCUCGUCUCAUGCACGUGCGUGCGCGAGAUCGAGCUGCCGGCCUCGUCGGCCGCGCACUCGUCGGCCGCAGGCGAGGCGCUGGAGGCCUUUGCGCCGGGCGCCCGUCCGCUGCUCAAGGCCUACGCCACCGAUGGCGGCAUCCGGCUGCUCGUCCAUGCGCCGCUGAGCGCGCGCCGCUUCUUCCUGGCCUACGACGUUGCUCUCACUGAGGAGACGCACGGCGCGGCAGCCGUGGCCGACGUCACGCUGCUGUGGGCGCGCGAAGAGGGCGAGGCAACGCGCAGGGCGUCGCUCUGCGAUGCGUGGCUCGACGAGGGCGCGCCGUCGACGCUGUGGGGCCUGUGGGAGGGUGAGGGCGAGCCGCUGCUUGCCUCGCUCGCCGUCGACGAGAGCGAGCAGACCGACGCUGCAGAGCUGGCGACGAGCGACGAGGCGCGCGGCUGGCAAGUUUGCUCCACACAGCCCUGCCAUCCGCCACUUCACGGCGCUGCGUUCGACGCUGCCCUGCAAGACGCCGGCGCCGACUUAUCAGAGUUCCUUGUGCCCCGCCUCUUCCACGGCGGCCGCUUCUUAGAGCAUCUGCCGGCUGUGUUGGACGCAUACCUCGACCGGCUCGAGGCGUCGAUCUCGCCCGAGGCGCCUCGGCCCGCGGUACUCUCACCCGAUGCGCGCUACGCAUCUCUGCAAGAAGAGGUCGCCGCAACCGUCGGCGCAGGUGUCGGUCUGGAGCGCGAUCCGUCGACGGGAGCGCUGCAAGUCGAGGCGUACGAAGCCGCGCUGCGGCGCGAGUGGACUGCGUUCGUCAGUUCUCUGGAGCAAGCGGAGAGCGAGUCGCUCGCGCCUCUGUGCCUCGUGCCCCGCGCCGCCGGCGUCGCGCCACACAUUCUGACCGCUGGUGCACUUGUGGUGCCGUCGCUGCCAGACGCAGCGGGCAUCCUCGUGCGUGCCGUGCAGCUGGAAGCGGCCGCAGCGCGGGCUCGCGGCCGUGCCGCAGACCGAGCGCUUGCUCAACGAGACGCCUUCAUCACCGACGCCGCACGCUCAGCCACGCUCUCCGAGGAUGAGAGCUUCUCGCGCGCCAUGCUUCUGCUUGUGAGCGCAGGUGCGCGGCUCGAAAGCGCGCUGCCGCCGGGCAGCUGCGAGGACUUCGAGGAGCUGGUGGCGGCCGCACUGGCUCCUGGCGCAGACGACGCGCUGCUCGACGUCGGCAGCGGCAUCUUUGCCGAGCUGGCUGUGGACGAGUCUGCCCUUGAGGCCGCGCGCGCAGCCUGCGGACGCCUUGGCGAAGACCUCGAGCCGGCGCUCUGGGCGCUUGGCAAUGCCGUGGUAUCCGGUGGCAGCGGCGUGCCCGAGGCAGCCGGCAGCCAGAGCCCUCUCGGCAUCGCCCUGCUCGCGGACGCAACGCUGCGCUCGCUGCAUGCACGCCGGCAGCUCGCCCGGCUCCUCAGCCUGGUACUCCUCGCGAUUGAAGACUCGGACGCGCUGGACCUCGACCCGGACGCCCGGAGCGCCCUCACGAGUCGCGCUCUCGUCUCACUUCAUGACCUCGUCGGCCUGCUCGACAUUGCCGCGCUCCCAGCAGUGCGCGAAGUCGAUGUGCGAGAGCCUUCGGAAGACGAAAAGGACGAUGCGGUGGCCAACAGCCUCGGGCGCAUGAGUAUGGACGCGCCAAGCUCUGAUGGGACGGCGCAAGAAGCGAACGGCGAAGCGCGCAACCUGCUGCAUCUUCUUCUGCUGCGCCGCUUGCUGCCGCUCUUCGACGCAGAGGCUCCGAACGCAGCGGCAGCCCAUCUCAUUGCCGCGUCUGGCCUGCUUGGCCCGCCACCUGCGGGCGAGCAGUGGCACAGUCGCCCCGCGCCAACGCUUGCACUUCGCACCGAGGCGGAGCUGAACCGCGCCUUGUGCACUCUAGCGAACGAGCUGCUUUUGCUCGGCCACCCGAGCGCGGCCAUGCAGCUGCUCGACCACUACGCGCCAUGCGCUGCUCGCGCUUACGUGCGCGGACGGGCACUGCUGGCGCUUGGUGCCCUCGACGAGGCGUCGGUCGAGCUCGCGACAGUGGCGCCUAUGCUCGACUCGUACCAGAUGCUGCUGCAGGAUGAGGAGCUCGGCGCCUCGGGCACAGGCCUGCUUGCUCUAAUGCCUCGCGCGGUACGUGAGGAAAGCGACCCCUCCCGCACCAUUGCCCUGUAUCACGCCCACAUCUCCGACCUUUUCGCGUCCGUCUCCCCGCUGGACGCCGCCAAUUUUGCCUCUCUGGCGCUGGCGUACCCGUCGGAGCGCACCACUGAGCUACACCACCGCGUCUUCCGUGCACGCCUUGCCGCCGGCGACUUCGAAGGGGCUCACGAGUGCGUCGUCACCGCGCCGACCGAGGCGGUGCGGCGCGAGUGUCUUCGCGGACUGGUCGGCACCAUGUGCGAGGCCGGCGAGGUUGCCCAUCUUCUCGCGCUGUCCUUCCCGGGGAUGCAGGCAGAGAUGGAGCGGACGCUCAGCUUCAAGGCACGCAACUCCGACCCGCUGGGCGAGCCCAACUAUUACCGGAUCCUCUACGCAUACCACAUGCACCGCGGCGACCUCAAGAGCGCUGGCGCGGUCAUGUAUCAGCAUGCACACCGCCUUGGCGAGCUGCAGCAGCGCCUCUCGUCGACACGACUGGCUGACGCGGCCGCCUCGGCUGCGGCGUCUGAACAGCAUGCGGAUAUGGCCGUGCUACAGGCACGCAGCUACCUUGCGGCGAUGAACGCGCUCGCGCUGGUCAGCGAGAGCAACGCCUGGUUCGCCGACGCCGCAGAGAGCGGCCAGGACGAGGCUACAGAGCUGCCACUCACAGCGCGCCUCACUGCGCUGAGCAAGCACAAGCGCCCGCGCCUGGGCGCCUAUCUGCCGGAGCGCCUCUUCCGGCAAGGCGCCAAGGCAAUCCGCAUCGUGCGCAUGGACGACAUCCGGCGCGAGUACCGCCUUGUGCUCGCGCGACUGGAGCUGCUGCAGCAGUACCCGGAGGUCGCCUCGACUGCCACGCGCCUUGAUGCGCCCAACGUCGUCCUGCUGUACGUGCGGCACGACCACUACGACAAGGCCAUCUCGCUUGCCCAGGUGCUUGGCGUCGACCAGUCUGGCAUCUUUGCCAGCCUCACGACCAAGUGCGUGGCGCUGACGCGUGCGCGAGCCGCGCGCCAGGAGAGCGAGGCGGCUGGCCAGGCUUCUGCGCCCCACGCUGUGCUCGCCGCUCUGCGUGACGACGAGGACGCCGACGACGACGAGGGCGAGGCGGCGUUCCUGCUCGCUUCGGAGCGGAGCGCCUCGUGGGAGGGCCCGGCAUCGGAGCGGGCAUGGCGCUAUCUGCGCGCGCACCUCGAGGCGCAGGACUCCGAGGCGCUGCAGUGGAAGUACCACCUGGCUGUGCUCGAGCGGGUGCUUGGCCUCGGCGCACAGGAGACGGUCCCGGCAUGGCUCAUGGACUGGUUCAGAAGCAACAAGCCAGAUGUGCUCGUGCAGGCAUGCGUGCGCUGUGGCCUGACGGACGAGGCGCUGCGGCAUGCCAUCGCCAUGGUACAGCGCGUGAGUGGGCUUGAAGCACAGGCGUCGGACAGCUGGCUCACACUUGCGCAGAGCACCGCUGCCAGCGGGCCACUGACGGGCAAGGCCGGCAGCACGUGGCUGCCCUACAGCACGCUCGAUGCGCUUCUGAGCCACGCCGAGGACCCAGCAUCGCGCCCGUCGCACGGCAGCACCUCGGCCACGGCCACGCGGGAACUCGCGAGUGCGCUGCGCGCGGCUCUGCGGGCGCGCCUCGACGCUCUCGGCCGCCGAGAGCGCGAGACACGGAGGGACCACGAGCGCGACGAGGCCGCACGGCAACGACGCCGCGAGCGCGAGAGCGGAGAGAUGCAGUGGGCGCCUCCGAACCUCACAGCCGCCUGAGGGCGCAAUGCACAGCUACACAGAGACGCGCUUGAGUGGUGGCGAGGGCGGAUAUGAUACAGCGAGGGGCUUGGUGACAUAAAAUUGGGAUCGAGCGGAGCGGGUCUGCCUGGGCGGUGCGCGGCCGGCGGCGGCGUCAAGCUCCCGCGCCCGUGCCGGGCAGACGGAUCGGCGCGACGCCUCGUGCGCGCCGCCAGCGGUUGGUGGUCCUCAUCGUGGCCUGAGCAGCGGCGGCACGUC